CAAGUGGAGUGCAGAUCUGGUAGGUGCUUAAGCUGCUUUAUGCUCCACAGCUCUGAGCAUCCCUCACCCCCCCUAGUCCUCCACAUGCAUGUUGUGUAUGCACAGUGCAGAAAAUCACUAUCCCUCUAUACACUGAGAAAUAUUUGGUCUCUGGCUUCCCUUUUUCUCCCAUUUUUCUGUAGCAGAUAAUAGAUGAGUAGAUUCCAGCACUAUCCCUGCACUGUAUUCUGCUCAGUCAGGAUGUAGCAACAUCUGGAAGUUUAUGUCACCUGUGGGAUACAAUGUUUUAUUGCUGCUAUUGCUUUUUCAAUGAAGAUGUUUUAUUUGGACAACAGCUAAAAGAGUCUAUUUCGGAUUUGUGUGAAGCCAGCCUGUGAUUUGUAUUCCCAUCUGUCUCGCUGGACCUAGUGUAAUUGUACAAUGCUAUCAGAAAAGUGUCUGAGGUUCCUAGCUUAUGGUUUCUAUCUAUGGAUAUUUUUAUUUCUGACCUUCCUUAGAGGCUCCCAUCAAGGUGAAUACCAAAGGAAACUUUACAGGGAACUGCUGAGAAAUUACAAUCGCCUAGAAAGACCUGUAGUGAAUGACUCCCAGCCCUUACUUGUAGAACUACAGCUUUCUCUUCUACAAAUAAUAGAUGUGGAUGAGAAGAACCAAGUUCUGAUUACAAAUGCGUGGCUACAAUUUUACUGGAAUGAUGUCUAUUUGACAUGGGACCAAGCAGAGUACCCUGGAGUACAAACGCUGCGUUUUCCUUCUGAUCAAAUUUGGGUUCCAGACAUUCUGUUAUAUAACAGUGCAGACGAAAGAUUUGAUGCAACAUUUCACACUAAUGUCUUGGUGAAUUCCUCAGGAGCUUGUCAAUAUAUUCCUCCAGGUAUUUUGAAGAGCACAUGUUACAUUGAUGUACGAUGGUUUCCUUUUGAUGUUCAAAAGUGCAAACUAAAAUUUGGAUCUUGGACUCACAAUGGCUGGCUACUUGAUCUACAAAUGCUAGAAGCAGACAUUUCUAAUUAUAUUUCCAAUGGAGAAUGGGAUUUAGUAGAUGUGCCCGGGAAAAGGAAUGAAUUGUACUAUGACUGCUGUAAGGAGCCAUACCCAGACGUGACGUAUACAGUGACAAUGCGCAGACGUACACUAUACUAUGGAUUAAAUUUAUUGAUACCCUGUGUUCUCAUAUCUGGAUUAGCAUUGCUGGUGUUCCUAUUGCCUGCUGAUUCAGGAGAGAAGAUAUCACUGGGGAUUACUGUCCUGCUGUCACUUACAGUCUUUAUGUUACUUGUGGCAGAGAUUAUGCCUGCAACAUCAGAUUCCGUUCCACUAAUAGCUCAGUAUUUUGCAAGCAUAAUGGUCAUUGUUGGACUCUCCGUGGUUGUCACAGUACUGGUUCUACAGUUUCACCACCAUGAUCCCCAAGCAGGAAAAAUGCCUAAAUGGGUAAGGGUGAUCUUGCUCAACUGGUGUGCAUGGUUUUUAAGGAUGAGAAAACCUGGGGAAAAUAAAAGACCGAUCCCUUGUAAGUAUAUAUACCCAAACCACCAUUCAAGUAUGAGCAGUAUUGAAAUGAACAUGGCAUCUGGGCACCAGUCUACCAAUGGCAACAUCCUUUACUGUGGGUAUCACAACCUGGAGAGCCCUUGUUGCCCACCUAACAGUGACUCUGGGGUUAUGUGUGGAAGAGUAACAUGCCCUUCUCUGGAAGACAGCGAUCUCAUCCCGAAGAAAUGUUUGAGAGAAUGUAUGCCAGAAAUAACCAAGAUACUGGAGGAGGUGCAGUACAUUGCCAGGCGUUUCAGAGACCAGGACGAAGGAGAAGAGAUCUGCAGUGAAUGGAAGUUUGCUGCUGCAGUCAUUGACCGCCUGUGUCUUGUAGCAUUCUCGCUUUUUGCCAUUAUUGCCACAAUUGCAAUAUUGAUGUCAGCGCCAAACUUUGUAGAAGCUGUUUCUAAGGACUUUACAUGAGAGAUGUGUAGCCGUUUUUGCUGAAAGGGCAAAAAAUAUAUUUUAUUCAAUUUCAACGUCAUUGCUUGUUAUGUCUUAAGCUGUAUAACAAUUGAAAAUAACUGUGUUGGUGAACAAAUACUACUGAAAAUACCCUGCCAACUAAAGACGCGAGAGUCCAACAGUGUCAUAAAUGUAGCUGAGAACUGUACAUAGUUUACUAAUGUUAGUAUUAGCAAUGAGCAGCUGUGUCUAUAUUAUCUUAUUUCAUUUGUCAGAAAAUAUUGAGAUGCAAUAAAGUGACAUAAGGACAAGGAUAAGCCACAUAUCACAGUGAGGGGUCUAUUCAUACGGCAAAAUUUCCGCCUCAAGUUAAAGCCCAUAGACUUCUAUGGGAAUCUGCACUCCCAUUCACACUUCUGAA